AUGGGGGUUAAUCAGUCCUGGUUCCCAGAGUUCAUCCUGGUGGGGUUCCACCUCAGCACACAGAAGGAAAUUCUCCUCUGUGGUGUCUUCUCCCUGCUGUAUGUCUCCAACCUGCUGGCGAACAGCAUGAUCUUGGGGCUCAUCUGGCUGGACGUCAGGCUGCACACCCCCAUGUACUUCUUCCUUUCGCAUCUGGCCGUCAUUGACAUGUCCUAUGCCACUGGCAAUUUGCCCAACAUAUUUAAAAACCUAGUGAAACACCAAAAAACCAUCUCCUAUGUCUCAUGUGCUGCACAAUUGUUUUUGUAUUUGGCUUUUGCUUGUACAGAGGCCAUGAUUUUGGUGGUUAUGUCCUAUGACAGGUACGUGGCCAUCUGCCAUCCUCUCCACUACACGGUCGUCAUGACCUGGAGACUGUGCACGGUGCUGGCCAUCACUUCCUGGAUAUGUGGCUUUUUACUGGCCCUAGGAAAUCUAAUUCUCUUUCUGAAAUUGCCCUUCUGUGGGCUCCAGGAAGUGAACCACAUCUUCUGUGAAAUCCUAGCUGUCCUCAAAGUGGCUUGUGGGGACACUUGGAUCAACAAACUUUUCGUCCUUUCUUCUGGUACAUUUAUCUUAGUGGGGCCCCUGUCCUUGAUGCUGGUCUCCUAUGUGCGCAUCCUGUUGGCCAUCCUGAGGAUCAAGUCAAAGGAGGGCCGCAGCAAGGCCUUCUCCACCUGCUCCUCCCACCUCUGUGUGGUUGGGUUCUACUUUGGCAUCGCCAUCAUGGUGUAUGUGGCCCCGGACAAUGGCCACAGAGAUGAGCAGAAGAAAGUCCUUUCCCUGUUUUACACCCUCUUCAACCCAUUGCUGAACCCCCUCAUCUACAGUCUGAGGAAUGCCCAAAUGAAGGCUGCCUUCAGCAGAGCAGUGCAGAAAAGGGGAUCAAUCUAA